GAAACUAAGAGCAUAAAUAAGAUGACAGUGAGCGAUCUCUAAACAGAUUAAAAAUAAAUAAAUAAAAUCGAGGUAGCAUUAGCAAUAGCAAUAAUACAUUCGAGUAUAGGAGGAGUUUAGAAAAAAAUAAAAUGAAAGCAAUCUCCGGCAACUACACAAGGUUCUUUACUGGUGAUUUCAAUCCCGCAUCGUAUGGAACUCAUCCCGAUUUUAGCCAAUACGGGCCACUGCACCGAGCGAUACUGGAAGGUGAUUGGGAGAGCACGGAAAGCUUUUACAGGUCACAUCCAGAAGCAGUGACAAAUAGCAUCACAGAAAGCUCCGAUACAGCGCUGAUGGUAGGGAUUAUGUCGGGGCAGAAAAUAGAAUUCAUAACGAAUCAAGUGGAGUUUGGAAGGGUGGAUUUGAGAAGAGUGAACAAAGAGGGGAAUACUGCACUUCAUGAAGCUGCAAUUGUUGGUCAUUUAAAGGCUGCUGAGUUACUAGUGGGAAGAAACAGAAGCUUGCUGUACAUUCGUAAUUUGGAUGGGUAUUUACCGCUUCACUUGGCCGCUGCCUAUGGUCAGAGGGAGAUUCUGUUUUAUUUUCUGAGAGUAGGUGAGGUGCACAACAUACAGUUAUCGGAAUCGGAGUUGGAUAUGCUUAUGCAUCUUGAAAUAACUGCCAGGUUCUUCGAUUUGGCUAUGUAUUUACUUGCAAGCAACCCUAGAUUAGCAUUCUCCCAGUGGCAGGAUGUCUUUCAUUUGGAAAUACUAGCCCAAAUGCCGUCCGCUUUUCCUAGCGGAACAAAAUUAAACAUCUGGAAGCGUUUUAUCUAUUAUUUUGUUCCGGUUCAAAAGGGUCCUUUUGUCUUCAAACGUUCACCGAAUGCUUGCGAGGACACGAAGAAGCCAAUUCAAAGUUCACAAAUUCGACUUUUUAGAAAAGACUACUUAUCUGUGCCAUAUGUCAAGCACAUUCAAGAGAUAAAAUCAAUGCAUGAUCGCACAAAAUUGUUUGUGAGAAUGUUUUGCUGGGGACUUCAGGGUAGUCCAGAACAUUCAUCAAUCCUUAAAAAGGCCUUUCUAUUAGGAGCAAAAAAUGGGAUUCAAGAAAUAGUAGAAGAGAUCUUAGUGGUAUUUCCGGAUGCAAUUUCUUAUGUAGAUGAAGAGGGGCAUUCUGCUCUCCAUCUUGCAGUUAUGUACCGUUGUGAACAUGUUUUCAAUUUUAUUAUUCAACAAAUGGGAGUGCGUAAAAAGUUAUUGUUGAAAGUAGACAAUGGAGGCAACAAUAUCUUGCACUUGGUUGGACGAAUGCCAUAUCAACCACAACUUGAAGUUGCUUCUGGUGCAGUUUUACAAAUGCAGCGUGAAUUGCAAUGGUACAAGGAAGUAGAAAAGCUUGUGCCGGUGCAGGCAACAACAACAAUGAACCAUGAUGGAAAGACACCUAUGAUGGUAUUUGACGAGGACCAUCGUCGGAUGAUCCAAUCUGAAGAGCAAUGGAUUGUAAGCCUGGCAAGUGCAUGCACUGUUUCAACAACAAUCAUUGGCACAAUAGCAUUUUCGGCAGCCAUUCAAGUGCCAGGGGGAAACGAUGAUGGAGGCCACCCACACUUAAAGAAAGAAAUCACCUUCAAAUUAUUUGCCAUAUCAAAUGCAGUCGCUCUAUACUCGGCCAUCGCCACAUUCUUAAUCUUUUUAUCCAUCUUCACUACACGCUAUGCAACAAUUGAUUUUCUAUAUUCCCUGCCCAACAGAUUAAUAAUUGGCCUGAUUUCCUUGUUUGUCUCUAUAACAUCCACUAUUAUAGCUUUUGGUUUUGCCCAAUAUUUGAUGUUUUUCAUAGAACACACACGUUGGAUUCCUAAAGCAGUGGUCAUAACGUCCUUUGGACUAGUGACUUUGUUACAAUUUUCCCUCCUCCUAAAUAUGAUGAAAACCACGUAUGGCCGAAGCAUGUUCAACCUUUCGGAUGGAAGAAAUAGACGAAAAGGCGUAAGAUUUUGAGCUCCCUUACAUGUACAUUGUAUCAAAGUGGAAAUGCAACAUUGCUCAUUUCGUCGAUGCCAUAGCGAAAUAGGCAAGAUGAAUAAAACUCUCUCUCCCCCCUUUCUCCCUCUCUGUAAUAUUAGAUGUGUGCUUGUGGGUAAUAAUUCUAAGCACUUCAAUCAA